GGCUCCAAAACAGCAAGUCCUUCAAUGCUCUACUCGCCACCAUAGAAAACGUAACUUGUCUGUAACGAAAACGAUUGAAGUAAACAUCGUCGUAAAUUGAAAAGGGAGAGUUGUUCACCCGUAAUAAGAAAUAAUUAUUACAAUCUUUUUCAACACUUCCAUUUGAAGAUUGAUAGAUUAGAUCAAAUAUACAUUGAUGUCACUCACUGUCUCUAUUUUAAAGAUAGGUUGCAUUUUAUUAAAAGAAAUCAGAAACAUUCAUUAAACUAUGAAUUGAAACUGUUUAAUUGAUCUGGAGACAAAUUAUAGAAAUAUUUUGUGAAAAAUCUACUAUAUAACUUAAUUUACUUUAAGAUAUGUAAUGUUUUAAUAAACAUGUAUUCAGUUUUAUUUAUUAGUUGAAGGAAAAAACCUUUUUAAUAUUUCGGUAUUCAAACGAUUAUAUAGUAGGAAACACCUAUUCAAUUUACAAAGAUAUUUCUAAUGUUUAAUUUAUGUUUAGUAUUAUGUAGAGUUUUGAAGCAACCAUAACUUUUUAUCUUGAUAUUAGAAAUAUAUAAUCAAUGAAUUACCCAGUUAAUAUACAAAAUAUUGAUGUUAUUAUGAAUAACAUCUUGACAACAGAGUUUGGGAUUCUGUAUCAAAGUGCUUGAAAUGUUAGCAUCAAACCAGCAUCAAGAGUCAUCUGGGGAAAGUCGCAUUGAUAAGAUGAGGAAAUUCUUAAGUUCACCACUGACAAGAAAAAAGACCCCUACUUCACAAUGUAAAACAUUCGGUACACCCCUGGAAAUUCUUUUACAACGCUGCCCCUCUGAAUAUUCAGUACCUUUCAUCAUCACUAGGUUAUGUCAAUACAUUCAGGCUUCAGGUUUCACUCAUGAGGGUCUUUUUCGAAUAAGUGGAAAUGCACGCUCAGUUGAAAGGCUAAAAAUUUCAUUUGAUCGCUCUGGUGAUGCUCCACUUGAAACAGAAGGAGAUGUCCCCACAGCUGCUGCUUUACUAAAAUUAUUUCUAAGAGAGUUACCUGAUCCAAUUAUACCUUUAAACCUACAUUGCCAGUUUUUAAAUGCAGUUAAAGAUAAAAGUAAAGAAGAAAGUGUGAUGUGUUUAGGAGAACUAGUAAAAAAAUUGCCUCCUGUAAACUACAACAUAUUAAGUUACUUGUUCAGUUUUUUAAAGAAAGUUUCAGACUUUGAAGAACAAAACCGAAUGAGUCCAUCUUCUCUUGGAAUAGUGUUUGGGCCAAAUUUAUUUAGAGUCACCGAAGAUUUUGUUGGAUUGAAAGAACAAUCUCUCACAAAUCAAAUAGUAACAUAUUUCAUUACUGAUUAUCAAGAUAUUUUUAAGCAACAAUCUGAUAUUUUCAACAACCAUUCCCAUAUAUCCUUAAAUAUUAGCAAAGCUAAUCAAGUUUCUUCCAUGGUAUCAUCAUGGCCGGAAGCUAAAGGAAGUUCUGCAAUGCUUUCUACAUGGAGUCUUGGACAUGUGCCAACUCAAAAUGAACUAUCUGAAGAUUCUUACCUCUCAUUAGGCUCUCUUACUCAUUCUCUUGCUGAGAUGGGAUCAGAUGAUUUUUAUUCUGUGGAAUAUGAGUCUAAUUGUGGAGCUCAUCAAUCUAAAAGCUAUGAGUUUCAGAUGAAAGAUUUAUUUUUAGGGAAUCCUCAAUGUACCAGUGAUUUGAAACAUGAAAAUGCUACUAGCAAACAAGAAAAUUUGGAUCGUAAAAAUUCUCUUGGAAAAGAAUCGUGCUUGAAAGAUUAUUACAUUAUGGAAGAAGAACCUAUGUUGUCUCAUUCAUCAUUAGAAGAUAAAAUUUCUCUAACUUCAGCUUCAUCAUUAAGUCAAGAAAAGCGCGAACAGCUUUUCCUUACUGUCACAAAAGAAAAUUCAUCCCCACCUCAAGAACUUCUUUCCUAUGGAGAAUAUUCUCACGAUGUUCAUGAUUCUGGCUUUAGUGAACAUAUGCAGCAAUCCAAAAUAACCCAUGAAAAAUCAGAAGAAAUGCUUAAAGAUAUUCAUAAAGGUUAUCCUCGAGGUCGAAGAAGACAUGUUCGUCAUCACAAGGUUAGACCUAAUCAUGAUGAAAGGCGAUCACAUUCAGAAGUACGACCUGAGACUAAUUUUCAAAAUGAAGAUGAAUUCAAUGGGAAUUCUUCUGUUUCCCAUUACGAUAAAAGUGAAGUCCAGUAUAAUUCAACUGGAAGUUUAGCUGAAGAUAGUUCAUCUGGAAUAAGGCAUAGUUGGCCUGCUUUCAGAAAAUGCAAAGAUGAAGAAGACAUUGCUUUAUCACCAUGUCCCCAGCGCCUUGAAAUAACAUUAUCUGAAGAAGCAUCUAUUUCUCCAAGUGCAUUUAGAAGUUAUUUGUCUCAUCGCAAUCUACAUCUUGAUCCCAAUUUACCUCCUUCUCCGCCUGUUGAACAAGAAGAUCUUGUUGUUACUGGGGCAGCUUUGGAUGCACAAACUUUAAAUGCAAAGCAGCUAGCUAGAAAAAUACAUGGUCUUAAAAAGAAACUAAAGCUAUUUGAAGAUAAUUUUGAAAAGUUAUAUGGCUAUAAGCCUUCCCAUGCAGAAAAGUGUGCAAAUAUUACUGUAAAAAAGACAAUGGCCGAGUUGAAUAAUGCAAAAACAGAACUAAAACAAUUUAAAGAAAAUCCUUUCCUAUUUUGUGAAGAAAGCACAUUACCUAAUAAAAGCAGUAAAGGGACAAACACUAGAAGUAGCCAAGGUCUAUUUUCUCUUGCUAGCAAUUCUACAAACAAUAUAUCCAUUGAAGAUACGGUUAGAGACGCACAGGCAUAUUUAUCUCAUCUUCGAAAAGAAAACAACAGGCCUGAAACUUUAGAAGAAAUGGACAGAGAUCAGUUAGUUUCAGAAAAAAUAGCUGUACAGAAAGUUUUGUUGAACUUUGAAAGUAUGCAUGGUAGACCGUCAACGAAAGCUGGUAGGGAACUCAUUCGACCUCUGUACGAUAGAUACAGAUCAAUCAAGAGGCUUAUUACUCGUUAUAGUUCUAGUAAAGAUAAUCCUGAUUUGAUGCCUAUUUUAGAGGGUGAAACCAUGGAUUUUAAAAAGUGUGACUUAUCUAAGAAUAUUAAUAAAGGAAAACCUUGUUCACAAGUACCUGUUGAUGUGCAAAUCAGUGAAAGUCGGCAUGAGGGAAUGGAAGUUUCUAGCUCUUCUUCACAUAUCAAUUUUCAUGAAUUAUCUAUGUAAGCUAUAUUUUAUUGUUCAUCAUAAUACUAGGUGAAAGGAAACUUAAUAAUCACAACAGUAAGGGGAGAUAGAAUUUGCCCAAAACUAGUAACUUUCACAUUGGUUGGAAAGCAAAAAGGGAGUCCUUGGAUAAAGGCAAAUAAUAAAGGCUUUAAAAGAAAUGCUCAAAUAUGCAACAAUUUGCUUUACAUUAGUGUCAGGGAAUCAGGCUGAUGUUAGAAGAUUUUUGGCUUUUCAAUAAUGCUUAUUCAGGCUCUAGUGAUUUAAUGUACCUCUAUGAAAAAUCUUAAGCUGGGCAUA